AUGUCACCAUCAAAUCCCAAAGAUCAAUUCAAAUCAGGUGUUAUAGCUUUCAGAAAACAACAAUUCUCAGAUGCAAUCAUUCAUUUCGAUCAGGCACUCAAUCAAAACUCAAACCAUGAAACUUCAUUCGAAAUCAAACUACUCGAUAGUCGUGCUGCAGCCAAAGAAAAGUUAAAAGAUUUCAAAGGUGCUUUACUCGAUGCUAAACGUGUUAUAGACCUUUGUCCUGAACUUCCAAAGGGUUAUAUUAGGGCAGCGCGUCUGUUUCAUCAAAUUGGAAAACUUUCAGCCUCUAUCCAGAUGUACGAUCGUGCUUUGGCAAAAAGUUCAAAAACAGAUGAUCCUGGUUCAUCCUCAGCUCUCAAAGAUGAACGUGAAAAUGUGCGAAAGUUGGAAAAGGUCCAAGCAAAUCUUGGACAAUUAAAGUCACCUAUCAAUUAUCUCGGACGUUUACCUUUUGAACUUUUCCUACAAGUGAUCAACUAUCUCGACGACCCAACACGUUUUAUAUGUAUGCGCGUUUGUUCUUCAUGGCGCUCAGUAAUUUAUCAAACUGCAAAGUUCUGGACGUCCCUUACGCUUCAAUUCAAGACUAAAAAACCAACAACAAAGCUUAAAUACUGGCUUUCAAGAUUAGAAGGAUCAUCUUACAAACUAGAGUCAAUCACCAUCCUCUAUAGUGACACUUGGCCUUUAUCGGAACUUCUUUCUGUUUUCAAAACAUUAAUAUCUAAAGAAAUACAACAUCUCAAGAAUUUCACUUUUGUGGAAGAUCGAAUCAUGUAUGAAUUCCCGGAAUUCACUAGGAUGUUGAAUCAUUUGAUCGAAUAUUUGAUGACCACCUCGACUAGCUUAUGUACCUUGGAAAUCAAGACCUCCAUAGUCAUUUACUGUCCUAUUACUUUCUCUAGCUUUUUGAUCCAAUUCCCAGAUCUGAUUCAAUUAAGGGUCAUUGCUGGAAAACGUGGAAAUACGGUACCCAUGCAGUGCGAGGCGCUACAUCGAUCACCACCUCCUUCUCGUGUUCGCAAGCUUGAUUCGGAAGACGCGGAUAAUCUGGAAAAACAGGACGACUCGCCCCAAAAUCUACCUCAACUUCAAAACCUUGCCUUGCAAGGUAUCGUCUUUGCUGACCAUCCCGCGGAUCCGGUUCAGUUGGAAUCUUUGCGAGUGCUCGCUUUACCUGGACGUUCUUCGCUUCCAGAUCAUGCUCGAGCUUACACUUCCCUCAUCGAUCUCACUCGUCUUCCACAACUUGAACAGCUUGUCUUCGGUAGCAGCAACCCAAGGGAAAAUGUUGUUGGUUAUGCUGACUCGGACUGGACAGGUUGCUUAGCGCUACCAAAUCUUAAACACAUGACCAUCAACCGAACUGUCCAGCCUUUGAGUCACUUUUUUGCACACGAAUUUGCCAUCAAGCCUGAAAAACUCGAGCAUUUGGGACUAGUGGAAUGCGUACGAAUCAGUUUCACAGCAAUCACCAAUUUACUAACUGCUUCUCAACAAUCGACGUCAAUGCAAAAGUUAUCGUAUCUCGAUCUCACCGGCUGUACCUUGAUUACCUCACGCCCGGAGAAGAUUGAAUGGCUAAGGACUCAAGUUGAAAGGGUGUUAUGGCAACCAGCAAUAUUAGGAAAGAAAGAGAAACAUGGGAUUUGGUCCGACCUCAUGUACUAG